AUGAGGGGUACCUGGCGCGGCCAGAGAUUUGCUCCAGGGCGGGCUUCAUUUAUCGAUACAGUCGCAGAGGCGGAGGACGGCGAGGACGGCAAACUUGAUGAGAGCGGCAGCAGGAUACCAGGAAAACUCGUGGACGUUCACCUCGAAGAUACUCUGAGAUCCGGUUUCAACGAAAAUCUUGGCGAUAUGUCUGAGACUGGUGACGAUAAACCACCCGCCGUCCAGCGUUUUCGACAGGGACCUCGGAUGGAUAAUUUAGGAAUGGACUCCAUCAUCACGCCUCACGAGGAGAGUCAGCAGCAGCCUCUAUUGGAGGAAUCACAGCCUCCGACAUCUUAUCAAACAUCUACCACCGGUUCAUUAGCCUGCGACGCCUUUUGGGGUCAUUUAUUUCUGAUAUCCCUGGCUUGCCUCUUUGCUACCUCGUUUCUUGUCUAUUUGCACACCUCGCCGCCUCCAGGAAACAAGAAUACGUGGGGUGAUACGAUAUAUUUUACGAUUCACGGGUCAUUAUACCGCCUUGGGGUCUAUACCCUGGUCUCGGUAUUCAUAUCUUUAUUAUGGCUUGCGCUUUUGCGAUCAUACGUGCGCCCUCUAGUUUAUGCUACCAUAGUCGCCGUUCCUAUCAUACUCUUUUCGUUUUCCAUAUACCCAUUCGUUGCAAGCUUCCGAGGCUCAAGCGUGCAAGACCGAGCAAUGCGGUUUGGAUCGUUUGUCCCAUUCAUCAUUUGUAUUGCGUGGGUCUACAACGUUAUACGGAGUCGUCAAGCUAUAGGAAAGGCUAUCAGCGUCCUUGAAUUCGCAUGCCGGAUCCUCAGUGCAAACGCAGAGUUGCUGCUCCUCGGCCUGGGAAACCUUGUUCUCAUUGUCUCGUGGACAUGGAUUUGGUUGCUCAUGUUCACGCGGGUCUUUCUUGGCGGGCACAUGUCAGGCUCGAAUUCUUUCAUAAUCAACAUCAGCAGCUGGUGGCUAGGAGCAUUUUUCGUCCUAGUGUAUCUGUGGUCCUUGGGCGUCAUCGCAGGCGUCCAGCGAGCAGUCACUGCAGCAACAGUGAGCCAGUGGUAUUUCCACCGUCUUGCAAAUCCUGCCCCAACAUCCAGACAGAUAGUCCAGGCAGCAACCGUCCAUUCCCUCACAACAUUAUUCGGCACCAUCUGUUUAUCUAGAUUGAUAUCGUUGCUUAUUCGCAUCCCAUUCCUCGUGCUGCCAAACCGGGUUGCCUCCACAUUGAGCUUGUUUGCCUAUACGCUCAUUCCCACCCCUGUUGCGACGCUCACUGAUCCUCUUUCGCUCACCUAUGCCGCAAUUCAUUCUCAACCGCUCGCACCAUCUGCUCGUGGGUUGACCCAGAUGACGAACCUGGCUCCAUCAGUAGCGACAUCGUCAAUACAUCCGAGGACAUUCCGACGGAACGAUUUUCUUCUUCCCUAUAAGCUCUCGAAGCUAAUUCUUCAUGCCGCUCGUCUUAUGAUGUCCCUUGCCCUUGGCUUUGGAGGCUGGGUAAGCACUGCUAGAAGCUUGGGCGUGCACUCUGGUGAGAAAACGAUGCGCGGCAGCAUGUACGCAUACAUUGUUGGUUUGAUUGCGGGGGCAAUUGGGUGGAGUGUCCUCGGUGCAAUUGAGGGAGUGGUCGCGGACAUCGUGGAUGCGUCGAUUAUCUGUUGGAGCAGCGAAGUCGGAACAUAUGGCAGAGAAGCCAAGUAUUGCCGUGAAGCUGGCUGGCUAUUUGGGCAGGAACCGAAUCCAGACGCACGCUCCAGGAUAGAUGUUUAG